GAGCCGGAGCCGGAGCCGGAGCCGGAACCCGAGCGCUACCAUGUCCACACAGAGACUUCGGAAUGAGGACUACCCUGACUACAGCUCCACUGAUGUGAGCCCGGAUGAGAGCCCAUCUGAAGGUCUGAACAACUUCUCUUCCUCAGGCUCCUACCAGAGAUUUGGGGAAAACAGCAGCACAACAUGGUUCCAGACCUUGAUCCACCUGUUAAAAGGCAACAUUGGCACAGGACUCCUAGGGCUGCCCCUGGCUGUGAAAAAUGCAGGCAUCUUGAUGGGUCCCCUCAGCCUGCUGGUGAUAGGCAUCGUGGCCGUGCACUGCAUGAGCAUCCUGGUGAAAUGUGCUCACCACUUCUGCCGCAGACUGAACAAGCCCUUUGUGGACUAUGGGGAGACAGUGAUGUACGGACUGGAAUCCAGCCCUAUCUCCUGGCUCCGGAACCACGCACACUGGGGAAGGCACACUGUGGACUUCUUCCUGAUUGUCACGCAGCUGGGAUUCUGCUGUGUCUACUUUGUUUUCCUGGCUGACAACUUUAAACAGGUGAUAGAAGCAGCCAAUGCAACCACCUCCAACUGCUUCAACAAUGAGACAGUGAUUCUGAUACCCACCAUGGACUCGAGACUCUACAUGCUCACCUUCCUGCCAUUCCUGGUGCUGCUGGUUUUCAUCAGGAACCUUCGAGUCCUGUCCGUCUUCUCCUUAUUGGCCAACAUCACCAUGCUGGUCAGCCUGGUCAUGAUCUACCAAUUCAUUGUUCAGAGGAUCCCAGACCCCAGCCGCCUCCCCUUGGUGGCAUCCUGGAAGACUUUCCCUCUGUUCUUUGGCACGGCCAUUUUUGCAUUUGAAGGUAUCGGGAUGGUUCUGCCCCUUGAAAACAAAAUGAAGGAUCCCGGGAAAUUUUCAGUCAUUCUGUAUGUGGGAAUGGCCAUCGUUACUACCCUCUACAUCAGCCUGGGGUGUCUGGGGUACCUGCAAUUUGGAGCUGAUAUUCAAGGCAGUAUCACCCUCAACUUGCCCAACUGCUGGCUGUACCAGUCGGUGAAGCUGCUGUACUCCAUUGGCAUCUUCUUCACCUACGCCAUCCAGUUCUUCGUCCCAGCCGAGAUCAUCAUCCCCUUCUUUGUGUCCCGCGUGUCAGAGCAUUGGGAGCUGGCGGUGGACCUGUUAGUGCGAACCAUACUGGUCUGCCUGACAUGCAUCUUGGCAAUCCUCAUCCCCCGCCUGGACCUGGUCAUCUCCCUAGUGGGCUCCGUGAGCAGCAGUGCCCUGGCCCUCAUCAUCCCGCCCCUCCUGGAGAUCACCACCUACUACUCAGAGGGCAUGAGCCCCCUCACCAUCGCCAAGGACACCCUGAUCAGCAUCCUGGGCUUCGUGGGCUUUGUAGUGGGGACGUAUGUGGCUCUCGCUGAGCUGAUACAGCCAAGCAUUGCUCCCAUUUUUAUCAACUCCACCAGUGCCUUUGCAUAGCCAUCUGGGUGCAUCCCCUGCACCUGCCCACCUGACCCCCGUGUGUUCCCUAGCACCUGACCCCAGAGCCUCAGGGAGGGUCCAGGCUCUGGGGAAAAGCAAGGUUGCUAUUCAGGAACCCGACUACCUGGCGCUUAGGUGCCCUGGGCCAGGUAGGACUGAGGGCAGGGGGGAGAGUGGGUAGCAGAUACGCAGGAGGUACCUUUAAUGGCAGUGCUUUCAUUGUUCAUUUGUACUUAUUUUAACCCAAAACUUUACAACUGUUUUCCCUCAUCAUGCCUCCUCCCUUACUUGCCUCUCUCCUCUGACCCACCUCUCCAAAAUUAUUCUUGUUGCACAACUCACUUUAUUUAAAAUUUUUAGCAUCUCCUUUCCUGAUCCAGGCCUAGAUGAAAUAAGUGAGCACUUCCCUUCUUUAUAAAGUUAGUUCUAUCUCUUAUAUCUCUCCCAAAUAUAUUACCUCAAUAUUUACCUACCUAUUCAAGUCUCCAGCAAGUGUCUGGAUCUACCUAGUAGUGUAAAACCAGCUCCCAAAGCUGGAGUUUUUAAUCUUUACUCUCUCUGGCUUGCUGUGAUUCUGGGCAACACCUUCUCCUCUCUGAUUCCUUGUGUGGGUCACAAUACUGUAUUAUUAGUUGCUGUAUCUCCCAAGAGAUAUCAAGUGCUGCCUCAAUUGAAAAUAUUUAUAUUUAUUUAAAGUUAGCGUUUGUUUUUAGACUCACUAGAUCAGGAGUAUUGUGAAUCGUCCCUUCAUCACUAUACUUGUACUCAGCUUCUCCUUCUGAAAAGGAACUUGGUGCAGGAAAUGUCUGCUUAGGUCCUCAGCACGUGUGGCUGAGUACCCCAAAGAUUUUAAUCAGGAUCAUCUAAAUGUGUACCUCUGUGGGGAGGCAUGGACUUUGCCUCCCAUCGACCAGCCUGAUUUCAUAUUGGGAAGAUAUGAAGGACUCAGGAAAUAUUUGCCAGUGCACUAGGCCGAGGGAAAGGAUGAUCGAGUGGGAUAUGUUUCUGCCCACGGGAGGCUUAUAAAAUGGUUGCUUUGUGUGUUCAGGCCUGUUUUUGAGCCUUGGCUUCUGACAUGCAAAUAGCAUGGCAGUAUUCAGUUGUCAUGCCAGGAAGACACCCACACUGUUGCCAUGGCUGAGACGAUGAGGUCAUUGUGCACAGAGAGUGUGAUAUUAAGUGCAGAGAAUUUACAGAUGCUGGUCUGACACUAAGUGUGGUGCUUGGCUGUUCACAGUCAGCGGGUGAUAGGGCAGACACAGUGUCCUCUUCUGGCUGCCUCGAUGACCUGGACUCUGAAGGAACCACUUGAUUGGGAUUUUGGUCUCCUGUGUUCUAAACACUAAUUGUGAUGCCUGUCCCUCCCCCUGGGUAUCAGAAAUAGCCUCAGGGUUGGCCCACCUCAAGGUCAGCCUUCAGCUUUGGGAACAGACCGCAGAGAAGGCAGAGGACGGCACAUUGCCUUGCUUUUGGCUGCCGCUUCUUCCCUCUUGGUACGAGAAGUCUUUCAAAGGGGCAGUAGUCAUUAACUCUCCAUUUCUUGAGCUGAGCUGUGUAUAUGUUGUGUGUGUUUAUGCAUAUGUGGUAGGGUCCUGCUCUCCACUCCUGUCACCAGGCUCUUGCUUACUUACCUGGAGCUAUGGUUCGUCCUGAAAGUUGGGAGAGCAGCACAGUUUUAUCGGGUUUUGUUUUUGUGUUAUACCAAAGCUCAUAAGGGCUGUGACCCACCUUUACAGCCCCAGUUUUUUCCUCCCUUUUCUGUUCCAAAGCCGAACUCUCUCAUUGCGGUGACUCCUAAGCUACCUAACAAUUUAUUAACUUAGGAAGAUGUGAUUGGUGGUUAUUUGGUUUCCCUUAGUGAAUGACACUUUUCAUCCACCGUUUCUGCUCUUUGGUGGUUACUAACAGGUGCUUAUUUGACCAAGAUUCUAGCUGGAGGUGGCAGCAGCCCUGCCCUCUGAAGCCUCAGGCUUAGAAAUUACCAAAGUAGGUUCAGGAAUUGUCAUCUCCUAUUUGCAAGUCUGGGCUCCUGCAGCCUUCCCACAGUGGUCCUGAGAGCUGUUUUCAGGGAGAAGGUGCGUGCCAGUUGAGGGGGUCAGACGUGUUUCCUUCCCGCAGCUUCAGCGGUGGAGGCUUCUGUGCAUGCAGGGAGCUGCUAGAAGCAGUCUUGUUCAGGUAGGCAGUGAUACUGGGACUGUGAUUUUGGGACCUGAGGGCUGGAUAGCACAAUACAGAGGUCUUCUAGCCCCAGGUCUUAGCAAAAUGCAGGCUACUGCUUCAGGGUCCUUAACCUGGAGAAUGUGAUGCAUUGGAGAGGCAGCUCUAGCUUUGGGGCUUCUGGAAGCUGAUUUGGCAUGGCCUUCGCCCUGUUUGAUCUCUUCCCUGUGCUUCUGCUUCAACAGCCCGAUUGCAUGGCUGCUUCAGAAGGCCAAGCAAGGCGAACCCAGUCAGCGGGCCUUUCUGGUUGUGCAGUUGCACCGCAGUUAGGUGUGGAGUAAAAGGGUCGGCCAGAGGAUGGCAGUGGGAGGGAGCCCCUCCCCUUCUGGAACCAGCCCUCCAGGCCAGCUGAGGGAAGCUUCCUCUUCUGCUGCCUGUGGGCCUUCUGUAGUCAGGAGCCCUUGGUUUCUCCUCAUCACUCAGUAGGAACCAGCUGCCAGCCCCUUCCUGUGCCUUCCUGGAAAAAAAGCUCCAGCAUAAGUAGUAGUCUGAUCAGGAGCAGCAAAGCAAAGGCUUUCUGGAGUGUGAGGCUGCAUCUGCCAAACCAAAGGCAAAUCCUGGAUUUUCUGGCCCAGUACUGUUAGGCUCUGUGUCCCUCCCCUAGCCUCCCCAAUGUAACCCCAGAUUUUUAUUAACUCAGAAGUAGCUACUCAGAGCCCCUUGUUCUGUCCUGCAAAUGCCACUCACUAUUGGGAGCUGGUUUCCAGCUCCCUGUCGGCAGUGUACCUCCCCUUAAAUGCAGGUGCUUGCUGGGAAGAGCAUGACCUGGCAUCUUCUAUUCAAUUUGCCUAGAAUGGUGACUUGUGAAGUCACCAUUCACAAGUGGCAUUAUUUAUAGUGUGCUGCUGUCCAGCUGCUAGGAAACCUUCAUCUGUACAAACCCUGGCCAGAUAUAUGUGAAUGUAUGGCAGGUUACAGCUGAAAACCUUCUGCUUAUGCCCUCCCUCUUGGUCCCUCACCUCCCCAGCCAACUUCAUUGGCUGAUGCUCACUGCUUGCUUUCUACCCUCACGAAAGGUAAAAUUUGCAGUUUUAGCAGUUGUCUUAAAGUGAUGAUCCCACCAAACUGGUAUGUUAGGGAAAUCUUCCCCCUACUCCCAUACUCCUGUCUUGCUUUUUUCUCCUCCAAUUUAUCCCAAAAUUGUAGAAUAUCACUUCUGUUUAACACUACAUGUUCUCCUUAUGUGUUUUUGGAAGUGUACCAUCUCAGUUCAUGUCUGUCUACAGCUCUCUGUAUUCACUAUUCACAGCAGGGGGCAUUGUACCAGUGAGUUUAAUUUCGUAGCUAGUCAGCGGGCCCCAGCACUGGCCCUGUCAGAAUACAAAGCUGGCUCCUCACAGUGGAGACAGAGUACAGCAGGCAUGACUUGGUGAUUAGGGAGUUGGCUCCAAGUCUGCCUUAGAAUUUAAUUUUCCCAAGUACAUUACAGAUCUCCAAGACUGUUAGGGGAAGAGGAGACAGUGUGGUUUGUCUUUGAAAUCAUGGUCGAUACUUUUAGGCAAUUAGUCCUGCUGGCUGUAAGGCUUUGCUCUGACAGCAUCAGUUUAUUGUAUUUCUUCCCUGUCCUUUGUACCACUGGGUCAUUCCUUGGCCAGGGGACAUAAAUGGUGCUGAUACGAGGUUAUCAGAGUGGGGGUGGGGCAAUGAGGGUGGAGGAUGCCUGUCAUAAACUAUGUUCUUUUGUUUAAAUCAAGGUGAUACUGGGGAAGCUAUUUUGUUUUAGUGAAUGAUAAAAUUAUGUGACUUGUAAAACGUGUCAGUGGAUGUGUGAAUAAGAGGAGUAUGAAAAACUACCGUCCAGCAGAUCUUGAUAACCACACAGGACUGUGUGUGUAUGUUGUGUGCCUGCAUGAGUGUAUGUUCCACAUGGUAUGUGUAGAGAUGUGGAUGCAGGAGCUCAUAGAAGAUCUUGUUUUGGGUCUGCACAUGGAUCAUGUGUUAAACUUUUCCUGUUCAAUAAAUGAAUUUUAUUUUUUAUUUUUGAA